AUGAACUCUUCCAGUCUUCCUCUCGUUCGUGCGCCACCUGACACCCUCCGCUUCGGCUUCUACAGCGCCAGUGAAGACGUGCGAUCGCUGCACGAAGUCCAGCGUCUGCAAACUACGCAACGCCAGUCCAACUGGGAGCUCAAGAUGGCGACAGUCGAGCAGAUUUACGGCAAAGCGGCGGCUAUGCGACUGCGUACGGAAAAGUCGGUGCUCGAGCAGUUUACACGUUUUCCCGGUCUACCGAGUUCGCACGCUGGUCUGGAUACACUCACAGGCGCCGAUGAACAAAUUGAGUUCGCGGACUUUUUGAACGACCCUGACGAGCACCCUGAAAAUACGUUCCGUAUUCACGAGGCCAUGGAGGUGAAGCUCUCGAUUUUCUAA